UGGAUAUUGGCAGGGUAAGGUUUUACUUGCUGGAAUUGCUGAGAUUAUUUGACACCCUUGCUGUGGGUGAUGCUGCUUAUUAAAAGUUGGGUCUACCUAAAGGAUAGCUUAUGGAGAUGAAGCGUAAGAGAAUCAACGGAGGACAUUGAGGUUAUUGUUUCUUGUCAACCUGCGGCUGUUAUUGGUACAGAGUUGUUAUCUCAGGUUUAGAGCUGCAAAUGAAGCGUGUGCUCAUGAAAAGCUUGAGAUGGAGUCCGUGUGGCUUUCAUUCAUUUAUCUUCUGAACAAGCAAAGAUGAUAUAAACCAACUCAAUAGUGAAGCGUCACUUCUUAGUGUCCUAACGCAAGGAGAAGUCAAACCUCAUCCAAAUCCUGUUGCAUUGUUUGUCUUUCCAUUGAUGAUGAUGUCUGUUUCAGGAAACGACGCUCAGGUCAACAAGUAACUGGAUGAUGUUCCAGUUGCACGCAUCAUUUGUGAUUGUCGAAUCUGGCUCGUCUAUUGUAUCCUUAUUACGCAGAUGGUCUUUCAUUACAAAUGAAAUAGUAAUCUGCAUUGCUAGUAGAAUAGAGACUUGCAAGCAUGUCCUUGAAGCUACUGCUACCUGAGCUUAUUAUUGUGAUUACCUACCUGAGACUCAGCAUCCAGAAAAAGAUCACUUCAAUCAGAAACUUUAUGAUCCAAAAGCAACUAAAGCAGUGUUAGAAGCUUGCAUUGGGUUGGAGAAGCUCCACUCAUGUUGGGAUGAAAAGUGGUCUGUACUCCCAAUGCCACGUUUCAAGGAGAAGAGUUUCGAGUGAGCAGACUGGACAUGGUUGAAAGCCUCCUGGUAUUUAGUGUUGUCUACUGAGUGCUGCAAACAAAAAGAUGAUGUGACACACCCCAGAGCAGUACUCCUCUCCUCUCUCAGCAACAAUGUGAAGCUGAUGUGACACCCCAGAGCAGUACUCCUCUCCUCUCUCAGCGACAAGAUGGACUCCAUCUUGGACCUGGCAUGGUCAUGUCUUGCCCCAUUUGACAAAAAGAUAAGCUCCAAUGAUGUUACUGAUUCCGCGAAAUAGUUUCUGAAGCUGGAAAAUGAUGUUUAGGGCUCAGAAACAGCAACCGGUGAGGAAUCCUCAUGUUUUGAGUGGUUCCUGUGAGUUCUCCAGAUCAGUGAGGGUAAGAAGAAGUCUCCAUAAUCCAAAGCCUUAGCUGAGGAUAUCUGGCCAUUUGGUGGAUGAACUGGAUCUCUGUGUUGCUGUUCGUAGAAGUGUUGGAAGAAAUUUUCUUUGUCUGUUCUAAGUUCAUAUACAAGACCAUUUGCAGACCAGAAGAGAAAAGAGCAGUGAAUGGAUUGUGAUAGGGAGGAGGCCCUUAAGGCCAAAGAAACUGCCGAAAGGAAAUUCAACAAUAAGGACGUCAAGGGUGCCAAAAAGUUGGCUCUGAAGGCUCAAAAUCUCUUCCCGUCGCUUGAAGGCAUAAGCCAAAUGAUCACAACACUGGAUGUUUAUCUUGCGGCAGGAAAGAAGAUUAAUGGGGAGAGUGACUGGUAUGCAAUUCUCUCCGUGGAUGCCACUGCAGAUGAAGAGACACUGAAGAAACAUUAUAGGCAGUUAGCCCUCCAGCUGCACCCUGACAAGAACAAAUCCGUAGGAGCAGAAGGUGCUUUCAAACUCAUCUCCGAGGCUUGGAAUGUAUUUUCUGAUAAGAAUAGGAAAAUGGCAUAUGACCAGAUGAGAAAUGUCGAUGGUUUAGAAAACAGAGCUUCACAACCACGUAGAGAUUGUUCUGUUCAUAAUACUGCCAAUGGUUUCUACUCAUCUUCCAACACAACAUCCGGCAAAAGAGCUCGAAAGAGAAAAACUGGUUCUGCUCCAUCUGCUGCCCCUCCUCAACCUCAUCCAAUAAAUUUGAACACGUUUUGGACAUCUUGCAACUGCUGCAGGAUGCAGUAUGAAUACCUUAGGACUUACCUUAAUCACAAUCUUUUAUGUCCCAACUGUCAUCAGGCCUUCAUGGCUAUCGAGAUAGGAAUUCCAGGUAAUGCAGCAAAUUCUUCUAUUUCAUGGUCAGCCAGGCAGCACGAACAUAAUUCAAACUAUAAGUACACAAUAAAGAAUGGUUAUAGUUCUGGGUUCAGUACCUCCACUUUUUCUGGAACAGGUCAUACAGAAUUACAGCAUGGGGGAAAUCUUGACUUUUAUAACCAUCAUAAGUUCCAAUGGAGCUCUUUCACUGGAUCAUCUGGGACUUCUAGUACAACAGAUUCUGCUUUUCAGCCUGCAAACUUAAUCCAUAAGAAAUUUGGAAAAAAGAGAAGAAAGCAUGAGGCACAAGCAGCAGCUCGAAGGGAAGAGUCCUUCCAGACGGAUUAUCAUGUAUACAAGAGUGCAGCUGAUGGUUCUAGAAAUUACAAUGAUGGUCACACCCUAACAAGUUAUGAUCAGGACCGGUGUAUUUCUAAGGCUGGCAGGCCAGCAAAGAGGAGGAACAAUGGUGACCAAAGCGGUGAUUGUUAUAGAACAGAUGAGACAGAGAAUAUGUCUACAAGCAUCGAAGACACCAUUAAUCCUGAAGUUGAAAGGUCUAAUGGUGCUGUUGAGGAUCUUCUUAGAACUAGAAUCACAGCAAGACAGAACAACUACAUCAGGGAGUAUUCACAAGUCAAUAUCUGGAAAAUGCUUACGGAGAAGGCUAAGGCAGCGAUUGGUAUAAAGCUAGAAGAAUGGAACUUAGCUCAGGCAAACAAGUUGGAAGAAAAAGAGAAAUUAAGGCGGCAAAAUGGACAAGAAGCAUCUGCAAUAGAUGCAAAUACAGGCAAACAUGAUUCCAGCAUUAGGGAAUCUUCAGCCCAUGGCCUUGAUGUCAAUACAGCUAAGAAAGUCGUUAAACAUGUAUCCAUUGAUGUACCUGAUCCUGAUUUCUAUGACUUUGACAAGGAUCGCUUGGAGAUGACUUUUGAAGGUGACCAGGUAUGGGCUACAUAUGACAGUGAAGAUGGUAUGCCUCGACUCUAUGCCAUGGUUCAAAAAGUUUUAUCUUUGAAUCCUUUUAACAUCCGCAUGAGUUUCCUUAACACAAAGUCCAACAGUGAAUUGGGACCAGUUAACUGGGUAGCCUCUGGAUUUGACAAAACCUGCGGGGAUUUUAGGGUGGGUAGAUAUCAAAUUAGUGACACAGUCAAUAUAUUCUCACAUAGAGUUAGAUGGGAGAAGGGUCCACGUGGAGUCAUUAGAAUUGUCCCUAAGAAAGGUGAUAUUUGGGCCUUAUAUAGAAAUUGGUCUCCAGACUGGAAUGAGCUUACGCCUGAUGAUGUGAUAUACAAAUAUGAAAUGGUGGAAGUACUUGAUGAUUACACAGAUGACCAUGGUGUGUCUGUCAUCCCAUUGGUGAAAGUUGCUGGUUUCAAAGCAGUGUUCCAUCGACAUAUGGAUCCAUUGGAGGUUAAGAGGAUCACAAGAGAAGAAAUGUUUCGUUUCUCACAUCAGGUUCCUUCUUAUUUGCUCACAGGCGAAGAAGCUCAUAAUGCUCUGAAGGGUUGCCUUGAAUUGGACCCAGCAGCAACUCCUGUUGAACUUCUUCAGGUUAUAACCGAAGUUAAGGAAGAUUUGGGGAUGGAGAUAAACAAACAACAAUCAGGUAAUUGAUUCAGAAUCUAUUAGGGGCAGUGGAUGAACCUUUGGCAUCGAACAAUGGACUUGUCACCAAAUGAAGUCUCAUGGAGCUUCCAUUCUCCAUUUCAUCAUCCUUUUUUUUCUCGAUGACUUGGACUAGGAUGCCAGGGUUGGUGACCAUUCACAUAUCUUCUGUUACAGUCAUUGUUGGGCAUAUCUAACCAUUAACCCUUAUUCCAAUAUGAGAUUGCUGGAAAUAGCAGUUAGUUUCUGGAACCUUGUUCCUGCUAGAACCUGAUUUCCAUCUUACCCUUGAACGUCAAACCAUGCGCUGAAAGGUGAGUGCAGUUUUAACAAAAUAGUUUCAGCUAUUGAUUGUCAGUCAGAAGCAUUCUGACUUCUAUGUUUCUUACCAUAUUUUGUGUUUUUAUGUAUUUCUUUGAGGAAUUGUCCUAAUGUCCUCCCUUUAAGGUAAUUUGGUAUCAUUACUGGAUUAUGAGGCCGAUCGCAUAUGUACAAUAUUAAAAAAUCAAAAUUUCAUUAACUUAGUUCUUGCUCUAUUCUUUGUUUAGUAUAGUUAUGCAAAUCAUUUCUUUAGCUACAACUGUGGUUUCCUUCUGUGUUCUUUCUGCAUAACAUGAUAAUUAGGUAUACAUAUCUAUAUUGUUGCUUAAUCAACACGUUUGAGAACUCUAGUCGGUAAUACUCUGGAAUGAAGACUGAUUUAUGUGAUAUUUCAUCAAUGUCUAUUGUCAUGCAUUGGAAGUAGCUUCUCAUAGGAGGUUGUGUAUUCACAGUAGUAUCCUAUAUUAGCUUCCUGUUUUCAGUAGUUCUUAAAAUGGGAGAGGAUCCGAAUCCAAUUUUAAGAACCUGGGCUUUGUUCUUAUGCUAUAAUCACAGCAAAUGGGAAACAUUAAACCUUUUCGGAUCCAUUUUCCAUGUUUUAGAGUUUUAAAUCCCACUUGUGGUUAUAUAUAUAUAUCCAUGCAAAAAUCUAAAGCUCAUAUAUGUCACUAUAUGUUGAAAUUUCAAUUGACAAAAAGCAUUGGAGCAUGUGGCUAUGAAUCACAGUGUCGGGGUUGCAAAUCCCUUCUAUCAACCAUAAGUUGCAUAACCAAAUCAAAUUCUUUCUCGAUAAACUUGUUUGAAAAUUUUGAGCCCAGAGAACUAGAAUUGGAAUAGGUUUUGUGGGGAUCACAAAACAAACCCCUAUAGAAUUGAAGAAAGCUUCGGAUUCAUAUUGUUCAUGGGUUGAGAAUGAGAAUCAGUAACUCCAACAAUUAUUUGUCCUCAACAUUAAUAAUGUUAGUGAGAAUAAUAAUUCAGUGAAUGGUUAUUAACAUAUCCUAUAGAAUUCUAUAUUGGCAGUUUUUGAAUCUAAUCUUCAUCUGGGAUGAUCGAGAGAAGGGUUAAAACUUGAUGAUUGAGGUCUCCAGAGGUACAUUCAUGAAUGCAGGUCUUCGAGGUGGAUGGAUGAGGACAGGUCCUUCCCGAUCCGUCUGAUUCUUUGAUACUCUUGUAUUAUAAUGACAAUGGUGGAUCAGUAAUUUAUACUGCAGCGAGGAGCCUAUCAGGACCUGCAACCUUGACCAUACCAACGUAGAACAUGAGCUGAAGCCCUGUUAUCAGUGGUGUAAUCUACAUACUAUUAGGGUUCUCCACCCAUGCAACUGUCUCCCGCAGAAUUAACUAUGAAGUAGAAGAAGAUGAGUUCUAAAGGAUAAACGACGGAGACAGAGUUGACACCAUCAAUUGAGUACUACAUUUAUUCAUAGGAAUAAAGGCGACAGAAGUAAAUUACACGCAGCUCGUUCGUUUUCCUCUUCAGCAUUGUCUGUCUUCUUCAGUCCAGCCGCUGGGGUGACGGUGGUGGCUCAGGCAGAUCGUAUUCGGCAGGAUGAUCAAGGCGCUGGAUCUGUCCAGCUCGAGGAACAUAUGGCGACUGCAUCCCAUUUGGGCCUGAGGGAGCCGUUCGCUGCUUGGGAAGUAGACCUCGCAUCUCAUCGUUCUCUUCUGCAACAACACCGCCGGCGGCUACUUGCAGACGCUUGUCCUUGUCCCUACCGUUUUUUCCCAGUCUUGUUCCUGCUGCAGCAGUGGCUGUAGACACAACCAGAACCACCAUUACAACGCAAAUGACCCUUGUUUGCUCCA